UCAUCUACAAUAUCCUAUUGAUUUUAAGAAAUUUAAAUUAACUGCUCUGUGAUUAAAAUAUUUUGAUUGGAUUAAAUAUAGAUUACUGAUUAGUGCAAUGUAUAGUGCACACUGCACACUUUCAUAAAUUAUCGCAUUACCUAUCUGAUAAUAUUUUGAAUUUGUUUCCAAUACCAAAUAGUCACUAUGUUUAAAAAAAUAUUUAUUAGUAUAGUUAUAAUUUUAUCUCUUAAGUGUAACAUAUGCUUAUCCAUAAGAGAAUACAGUAAAGAAGAUAUAGUAAAGUUAAGAGAGGAGGUAAGGGAAAUGUUCCAACAUGCAUACGAUAGCUAUUUAAGAUAUGCAUAUCCUUACGACGAAUUACGUCCACUAAGCUGUGAUGGUAUGGAUACUUGGGGAAGUUACUCUCUAACUCUAAUUGAUGCUCUAGACAUGCUCGUGAUCAUGGGGAACUAUACAGAGUUCAACAGAGUGGUUGAUAUUGUACUGGAGAAGCAGAACUUUGAUAUGGACAUCAAUGUGUCAGUAUUUGAAACUAACAUUAGGAUUAUUGGUGGUUUGCUUAGUGCACACCUUUUGUCAUACAAAUCAGGAAUGAAACUAGAACCGGGCUGGCCUUGCAAUGGACCUCUCCUUCGUCUUGCAGAGGAUGUGGCUCAGAGACUGAUUGCUGCAUUUGACACAACAACUGGCAUGCCAUAUGGCACUAUCAACUUGAAAUCUGGAGUUCCACCGGGAGAGACCAGUAUAACUUGCACAGCUGGUGUUGGCACCUAUAUUAUAGAGUUUGGUACACUGAGUAGACUUACUGGAGAUCCUUUAUAUGAAGAGGUAGCUUAUAAUGCCUUAAAAGCUUUAUACUACCACAAGUCGCCGAUAGGCUUGGUCGGGAACCACAUAGAUGUGAUGACUGGAAGGUGGACGGCUCAGGAUGCGGGUAUAGGCGGUGGAGUGGACUCCUACUUUGAAUACUUAGUGAAAGGAGCUAUACUACUAGAGCGCCCAGAGCUGAUGUCCAUGUUCAAUGAAGCUCGUCAAGUGAUAGACAAGUACUUAAAGAAGGAUGACUGGUACGUGUGGGCGACCAUGUUGCGUGGCCACGUCACACUGCCUGUGUUCCAAUCGCUCGAGUCUUACUGGCCUGGUCUGCUCAGUUUGAUUGGUGAAAGUGACACAGCAAUGCGAAUAAUACACAACUACCACAGCGUAUGGAAACAGUACGGGUUCACACCAGAGGUUUACAACCUUGGCACAGGCGAAGCUUCGUCUGCGAGGGAGAGCUACCCCUUGAGGCCUGAACUCAUUGAGUCUAUCAUGUAUUUGUACCGGGACACUCGAGACCCCAUACUGUUGCAAAUGGGGGAGGAUAUAUUGAGGAGUAUACAGCACAGCGCCAGGACGCCUUGUGGAUUUGCUACGAUAAAAGACGUCCGCGAUCACCGUAAGGAGGACCGCAUGGAAUCCUUCUUUCUAUCCGAAACUACUAAAUACCUCUACCUGUUGUUUGACCCGGACAACUUCAUCCACAACCCGGGCGUCCACGGCACAGUCAUAGACACCCCUAAUGGAGAAUGUAUAGUGGACAUGGGCGGCUAUGUGUUCAAUACUGAGGCACAUCCCAUAGACCCGACGAUGCUGUAUUGUUGCCAUGAAGCUAGACAGGGAAUAAACGUCAGUGAGGUGCAUAGAAUUUACAAAAUAUUAGACGAAGAAGAUAAUAUUCACUUUAUGAGCAUGAUAGACGCAACGAUACCAGUCAAAAACACCACCAGUUAUUACAAAGAGGCAGUUUACUAUGGCGACCCGAUGAACUCCGCUAAAAUUAUGGAUUUGAGUAAACGUGACCUUUCAAAUGCCCAGGAAAUGCCAAUCGUACCCAUUAAGACUGAAACGAGUACAGGUUACGUUAACAUCGAUGGCAUUGAAAGGGAAAAGGUGAAAAAUGAGAGUUUGGGUGAUAUAUUGAAAGAAAGCAUGAGUAAUUACUAUAACAACACCAGCCUGAACGAAAACGAAAGAGAAACGGUCGCCGAAGCGCCCGAGAUAAAAGCUACUGAAAAAGUCGAAGUAGACGAUAUAAUUAUACCUCAGAAGUUUGAAACUGAGAAGUUGCAACCACCGAGUAGUACUAAAGCCAAAGAAGCGGUGAAAAUGCUACCAAAAGUUAUACAAGAUUUCCUGAACAGUGACUGGAAAUCGAAACCGAAGUGCGAGCCUCAACACAUGAUAGAAAGGAUUCGCAAAGAAAAAAGAUACCCAGAACAUCCAGACGUUGGCAAAUAUAAUUUAUUACUAACACCAGCCCCCUCUUUCAUGCAGAGAAUAUCUCUGGCCGGCGAGUUCCUAAAUAAGAAACAGUUGGAAUUAUGAUCCUUCCUCCACUUUAUUAUUUUUGUUCUGGAAAAUCUCCGGCUGAUCCUGGAGUUUCAUUUGUUGCUUCAAUUCCUAAUUUAUUUAUCUAUUGUUUGUUAAAAUUCUAAUUUGGAAUAAAGCUUUUGAAAAUUUGUUUAAAAAAUACAAUUAUUUUAUUUUGGAAAGUCCCAUUUCUAUACAUUUUUUUUAACAAUUAUAAAAUCUAAUCACUAUCAAAAUGUAAACAUAUCAAUAUUAAUAAACACGUACCUAGUGGUUUUUAUUCUCUUCACAAAAAUGUAGAAUUAGAUUGGCACAAUAGGAGCCGGUAGUGAACAACUUGGACAUAGAUUUUCUUUGGUUUUUAGAAACUUGCUAAGAUAAACCAAAUGUUUCCUAAGAGUUUUUAAUUCAGACUGAUGAUUUCAGACAAGAUUGAAAAAAAAUCAGUUGCUGUUACUCCAGCAUUCAGCAAGUACUUAAUAACAAUAAUAACUCUUUACCAUAGAUAAGAUACCUAAAUUCUAAAUUAAAUGCUAAAUACCAGACAGCAAUCACUGUCAUAAGUGACAAAAUGUUACGCUAAAUUUCAAAAGAUGUAAAAUAAAAACA